GGGCCAUCGAAGAUUCACCCCCAAACCAUGCGAGAUUGCCGAUAUUCCCAUUAUUGAUUGUGUACGUGAUGGUCAUGUUUUCAUCUCAUCUGUUUAACACCUGCCAGGUAAUCAUCAGCCACUCCCAUUAUGACCAUCUUUCGUAUCCCACCAUCCUUGAAAUCCACAGACGGCAUCCAUUAGUCCAGUUCUGCGUCCCCAAGGGCCUGAAGGAAUGGUUUGCGCGCUGUGGCAUCCUGAACGCCGUUGAACUGGACUGGUGGGAGGACAUUGACCUCACGCUGUCCAGUCCAUUGAACGAGGACAUUACGGCCAGAGUCUCGUGUCUUCCCUGCCAGCAUACAUCGGCCCGCCACCCGUUCAAUAAAGGAGUCACCUUGUGGGCUUCGUGGUCGGUCUCCUCAGGUGGCAAGUCCGUGUACUUUGCGGGCGACACGGGCUAUCGCACUGUCCCCCAUUUGCCUCGCGGAGUGGACGACUGGGGGCCGGAGUUUGCUCAUCUCCCCGUCUGUCCAGCCUUUAAACAGACCGGCGAUCUACGAGGGCCCUUUGACCUGGGGUUAAUUCCAAUCGGAGCGUAUAUGCCCCGCCAUGUGUUGAGCCCGAUACAUUCCAAUCCGUACGACUCUGUCGAGAUCUUCAAGGACACCAGGUGUAAGAAGGCAAUGGGGAUCCACUGGGGGACGUGGGCAGUGGCCGAAGACAAUGUCCUCGAGCCGCCGCAGUUGCUCAGAAAGGCGCUGGCAAAAAGUGGACUGGCCGAGGCGGGAGUGUUUGAUGUUUGCGACAUUGGUGAGAGCAGAGAGUUUUGAUAAGUUGGACAGAAUAGAGAUUAGUGACUCUAUUUAUACUAUUUAUACCUAUAGCUGCCUUUCUUUAUUGUUGUGCUUCUUAUCUUGGAAAGGAGCAAUCUUAGCCUUUUAGAAAUUGGUAGACUAAAGGUCUUAUCUAUAGUUUAAAAUGAUUCCUAGAAGUACC